AUUUUUCAACUAAAAAAUAAUGGAUUAAUAGCGUUCAUCACUUUGUGUAAGUAUGCAUAAUGUAGAGUUUGCAAAAGAUUAUCAUUACUUCAUUACUGUAUAAUUAAAUGCUGAUGGGGAGAAGGUAGAAUAAAAGAAUGAUUUUAUAAUAGAAAAGAACAGAUGUAAGUGCAUAAGUGGCAGCACCAGUAUUUGCAGCGAGUACUUUUAUAAUACCACUUUCUAAUUUUAAAUUGGAUAUAAAUGAUUACUUGCAUGUAAAAUUAUAUGUUAUAGAUGAAAGUUUGAAGCCUAUGUAGUAACAGAUCGUGAAUAAGGACGUGGACCAGAUUUAGACAAUUAAGGUUAGGCAAGAUUAUUAGGAGAGUGUAUAUUGAAAUUAGGUGAUUUCACAGGUGCUUUGACAGAUAUAAGUGGUACAGGAGUGAGAUAGCACUUGAAAUUUGUUCGUAGAAAUGAUAAAUAAGUGACAGUGGGAAGAUUUAUAGUAAAUCUAAAAUUAGUAGGAGAAUAAAUAAUUCCAAUAAAUGAUGAGAAACCAUUAGAAUCAGAUGAAAUAUUUCAACCACUUCCAGCAUCAGAUCCAUUCAUGAGUUUUGUAUGGAGGUUGAGAGUUGAUAUAAGAGCUUGUAUAGAUAUGCCAUUGCAUAGAGAUUCUUAAUCAGGAUUACCUAGAGGUUUUGUUAAAUUAGGUUGGUCAUAAUAUGAUAAUUAACCUCCUUCUGAACAUCAUAUGCAUUUAACUAAAAUUAGAGAUUAAAAUCGUCAUCCGAUAUGGAAUUAACAAUUUCUAAUACCAAAUCCAUAAACCAUAACGGCUUUAGAUGGAUAUUUAUAUCUUUGUUUAAUGGAUGAUAUUGGAUAGAGAGAAAUUGAAAGUGUUUAUUUUCCUAUCUCUUAAAUGAGACCUUUCUAACCAAUGAAUUUUGAAUUAUAGUUUAAAUAUGCAGAAUAUGAAGCUAGACCUCGUUUGUAUAUGUCAAUAACAUUAGAAAUGGCUGAUAAAUAAAAAUUUUUAGAUGAGUUAAUUGAUAUAAUUGUUAAAAUGAUACAUUAUGAUCCAUUACCAUAUGCAAGUAGAACUAAUUUGAUAAUGACUUUAAAUUAAACAAAAAUAAAGGAAGUUCCUUAUUCAGUAAUAGAUUUAAAGGGAGCUCCAACUUUAGCUUAAGCUUUAAGUAAUGCUUAAUCUGAUGUGUUUAUAUCAUCAAUAAUGAAGAUUCCUCCUCAUAAAGCAGACAAAGUAUAUAAUGCAGUAGCUGUAUUUACUUUGCCGAAAUCUUAAUUGGAAGUAUUGUUUAUGUUCAUGUUAAUAGAGUGGAAUUGCAUUCUAUUUAGCCACUAGGGAUGACACUAUAAAAUCAAUGCAUUCUAUGCCAAAUGGAAUAGUAGGAUAUUCAGAAAUAAUUGAUGAUUGGCUUCGUAAAUUAUAUUAUUCCAAAGAGAAAAAGUAAGCUUUUUUUCCAAUUACUUGGUCAGAUGAAUCUAAAUAAAGACCUUUAUUUAUGAAUAGUAGAUGUUAAGUAGAAUUAACUUGUAUGGAAGCAGCUGACAAUACUGCAAUAAGUAGAGUGUCAUCAUCUAAAAAAUCUAAUAGAUUAAUACCUAGAACACCUGAAAUGAAAGCUUUAGCUGAAAAUGUUUCUGGAGCUGAUAGAUCAAAAUGGGAUAUUUUAUCAAAAGAAUUAUCAUAAAAAUAAGAGAUUAUUCAUAGAUUAAUGAAAGAAGUAGAUGAUAAAACAGAAAGUCUUAAAAUUACAGGAACUGAAAUUGUUGAUCUAAGAAGAUAAGUUAAAUUAUUAUAAAGUGAAAAUUCUAUUCUUAGAAAAAGAUUAGCGCAUGAAGAAUCUCUUGAAAUUUAAUCUAUUAUUACUAAAGAAAUUGCUGUGAUGUCUAUGGAAGAAUUAAGAUAAAAAAUUAUUAAAGUUGCUUAAGCUUAUAGAAAUGAAAGAGUGAGAAAUGAAGAAUUUGAAAAAGCUUUAAAAACUGCUUAAAAAGAUAUUGCUUCAGCAAGAUAACUUGAAGUUGAAUUAGAAUCUUUAUAAAGAGUACAUCAAGAAAAUGCUAAAAAAAUGUUAGUCAUGUAAUAAGAAAUUCAAAAAGUGGGUGUAUAUAAAGAAGCUGUAAAAAAAUAAGAAACUGUUAUAUCUAAAUUAGAAAAGUUGAUGGAAACAUCACUAAAAGAUGCUCAAAAAGCUAGAUAAGCAUAAUUGGAAGUUGAAUAAUUAAAAAGUGAGAAUCUGAAUUUAUAGAAAUAAUUGAAAGGUAUCGUAUAUGGAGAAGAUAUUGGAGAAUUAGAACGUUAUAAAUAAGAAUGUUAAAGAUUAGAGAAAAUAGUUGCAAAUAUGAAAGAGGAGUUAAGGAAUAAAAGACCUGUAAGUAAUAGUGGAGCUGAUUGGGAAUAAGAGAAAAUGGAAUUGGAAGUAAAAUUGCAUAAAGCAAAUGCUAGAAUAGAAGCUUUACAAGAUGAAAUGACAUAUAAUGCUAAGAAUUAUGCUAAAGAAAUAGCAUAGUUGAAAUUAAUAAUUGCAGAAAAAUAAGCUUUACUAGAUUCUUUGACUAUGGGAGGAUAAUGA